AUGUCGAAUAAAUUAGAACAAGUAUCAACUAAGCUAAACAAAUUAGACCACAUUGAAAAGAGACUCAAUGAACUGGAACGAAAUGCCGUAAAUGUCAACACAGAGUUAAAAGAGAUGAAGGUCAAGGUUAACGGUGUAGAGGAGUGUGUGACACAUAUCAGUAAACAAUACGAUGACCAAACGAGGGAAGUUAAAGAAAUGAAAAAAUCUGUAAGUAACAUAAGAAAUGAAAAUGAAGUCAUCUUGAAUGAAUUAGAAAUAGUGAGGAAUAAAUUCGAGGAUUUGAACGAACGCCAUUUAGAUCUACAAACUAGAUCUAUGAGAGACAAUCUCAUAUUCAGUGGUAUACCGGAGACACAAGACGAAAAUACAGAGGAGGUACUGAAAGAGUUCAUAAGCUCAGAAAUGAAUAUCACAGAAGCUCCACAGUUCCAUAGGGUACACCGAAUAGGGAAGAGAUUAACGGAUAAACACAGACCAACCGUCGCAAAGUUCGUGCUGCAUAAAGAAAGAGAAAAAAUAAGAAAGGCCGCCCCAUCAACCUUAGAGGGAAAAGCAUUUGGAGUUAAUGAGCAAUUCCCCAAGGAAAUUAACGAGCGCAGGAAAGUCCUAUACCCUCACUACAAAAAAGCAAAAAAAAACUUGGAAAGAAGGCUGUGA